CAGAUGCACUCCUGGGGCACAACUGCUCAGGCAGGCAGGCCGGCCGGCCGGCGUCUCCGCUCCACAGGCUCGUCUGCAGGGCUGCCCCCCCCCCCGGCCCCCGGCCGGCCAUGGAGCUGGGCUGGGUGUGCAGCUCCUCGCUCUGGCUGCUGGUCCUCUGCAGCCUGGCCGUGAAACUCCUGCACUGCGACCUGUUGCUGACUCCCGGCCUGCUGCUCCACGCGGGGCUGCUGGUCCUGCUGCAGAGCACCAGCCCCCUCUUCCUGCCCCUGCCGCUCAGCACAGCCCUCACUGGCGCCGCCUGCUGGCUCGUCUUGGGAGGCGCCCUGCGGAGGAAGAGGGUCCCUGCCCUGGGCAAAGCUGUGUUCAUCACAGGGUGUGAUUCUGGCUUUGGGAAGGUGGCUGCCCAUCACUUGGACUCCCUGGGGCUGACCGUCUAUGCCAGUGUCCUGGACAUCAGAAGCCCCGGGGCAGAAGAGCUCCAGCAGAGUUGCUCGCCACGGCUGACCUUGCUGGAGAUGGACCUGACCAGAGCUGAGGACAUCCAGAGAGCCCUGCGCUUCAUCAAGGCCAGGGCGGCCAGGACAGGGCUCUGGGGCCUGGUGAACAACGCCGGGUUCAACGACACCAUCGCCGACGCUGAGCUGACCCCGCUGCAUCGCUUCCAUCGCUGCAUGGAGGUGAACUUCUUUGGCGCCCUGGAGCUGACCAAGGGGCUGCUGCCCUUGCUGCGCUCCUCGGGAGGAAGGAUCGUCACCGUCAGCAGCCCGGCAGGGAACAUGCCGUACCCCUGCCUAGCUGCCUACGGAGCCUCCAAGGCAGCCCUCAGCCUCCUGAUGGACACCUUCCGCUGUGAACUGGCCCCCUGGGGGAUCCGGGUGAGCGUCAUCUUCCCCGGCUACUUCAAAACGGGUUUCACUUGCAACCCCGAUUACUGGAAGGAGCGGAUGCAUCAGCUGCUGGCAGCCCUGCCGCCGGACCUGCUGGAGGCCUACGGGGAGGAGUACCUGGAGGAGAUCAACCGGCAGUUUGUGGCUUUCAUGAAGGUGGCCGUGGAGGACCUGAGCUCCGUGGUGAGCAGCAUCGCCGACGCCCUCCUCUCCGCCCAGCCCCGGGCCAAGUACUACCCGGGGAGGGGCCUGGGGCUCAUGUACUUCAUCCACCACUACCUGCCCCACACGGCCCGCGACCUCUUCCUCAAGACCUUCUUCAUCAGCCCGGCGCUGCCCCGGGCCCUGCAGCCAGAAGCUUCUCCCAGCCUGUGAGGGACCUGCUGGGCUCCCCAACGAGCAGCCGCCGCUGCCUCCAGGCCUGAGAAGUGGGUUCCGGCUAGAGAGACGCCCUUUGCCCGUCCUGGAGGGCCGUGCGGGGCCACUGCCUCUGCGGGGAGGAAGUCCUGGGAGAAGCUCCUUCGGCACAAGCCUGCAGAGAGGCAGGGCACUCGCACAAGGGCACGGCAGCCCCCCCCCCCCGCAGCCACCGAUGGCUUCUCUGCCCCGCUGCCUUGUGAAAUACCUCCAUGGACUCGGCUGGGCUGGCCAGCCUUUUCUUGCGGCUUGCUGCCCUCACGGACCAGGAAUGUCCUUGUCUUGCUGCUGUACCAAACCGGUCUCUGCUGCUCGGCCCACUCUGCCAGUCCUCCUGCCCUAGACGCCCCCCCGUCUCCUUUCCACGUGGGAGGAGCUGGGCCAAGGCCUGCAGAGUCAGGCUGUCUCCGGAGCGGGGCCAGGACUCCCCGGCAGGUGGCCAGCAAGCCUUUCCACGAGGCUUAAGGUCACGAUUGUCACUCAGAAAUAAAAGGAAGUAAAAUGCA